AUGUCGCUUUUCGGUUCCGUCGGCGCCGCGACGACCUCAGCUGGUCAGACCAACACCACAGGUGAUAUCUCCAAGGAUGUUGCCCUGAACCAACCUCCCGAGGACAGUAUCUCGGACCUCCGCUUCUCUCCGGCUAGUGAACACCUAGCUGUCGCUUCAUGGGACAAGAAGGUUCGCAUUUACGAGAUCAAUGAGCAGGGCCAGAGCGAAGGUAAAGCUCUGUUCGAGCACGAGGCCCCCGUUCUGAGCUGUUGCUGGUCGCCGGAUGGUACGAAAGUCGUCGGAGCUGGCGCCGACAAAGCCGCUCGUAUGCUCGACCUUGCGACCAAUGCGACCACUCAAGUCGCCGCUCACGAUGCGCCCAUCAAAUGCUGCCACAUGAUCCCAAACCCGGCCGGAGGAACCCCGCUACUUGUGACCGGCUCUUGGGAUAAGACCAUCAAGUACUGGGACUUGCGACAGUCGAACCCCAUUGCCACGGUGGAGUGCCAGGAGCGUGUUUACACCAUGGAUGUCAAGGACAAACUUCUCGUGGUCGGCACCGCAGACCGCUACAUCAACGUCAUCAACCUCGAAAACCCCACCAAGUUCUACAAGACCAUGCAGUCUCCCCUCAAGUGGCAGACGCGAGUAGUCAGCUGCUUCUCGACUGCCACUGGCUUCGCCGUCGGCAGUGUCGAGGGCCGCUGUGCGAUCCAGUAUGUUGAGGACAAGGACUCCUCCAACAACUUCAGUUUCAAGUGCCACCGUGAGACUCCUCAGCGUGAUGUCAACAACAUCUACUCCGUCAACGCCAUCUCCUUCCACCCCGUCCACGGCACCUUCAGCACCGCCGGUAGUGACGGUACCUUCCACUUCUGGGAUAAGGACGCCAAGCACCGUCUAAAGGGAUAUCCCUCCGUGGGCGGUACCAUUUCCAGCACCGCCUUCAACCGCAACGGCAACAUCUUCGCCUAUGCCGUCAGUUACGAUUGGAGCAAGGGCUACUCCGCCAACAACCAGCAGCUGCCCAACAAGGUCAUGCUGCACCCUGUCAGCCAAGAAGAAGUGAAGCCUAGACCAAACAAUCGGAAGAGGUAA